CGUCAUGUCUGGUAUACCUGCCCCAGAUUACCCCGUCUUCGCCUCCCCCGACUUCGACGCGAACGACUACGCCAACGCCGUCCUCGCCGGCGAGCCCUAUCCCCCGCCCCCGUCCGCCGCCGCAUCCGCAAAGCCGUCCGCCCUCGAGCCCGCCAGGGAGGACAUCUCCGUCGCCAUCGCCAAGCUCAACUACGGCAUCGACGACGUCGACAAGCAGAUCAAGAACGUGGUCACCACACACCAUGAGGGCCUGCUCGUCCAGGCCGCCGGCGUCGGCGAUCUCGAGCACUCCCUCGGCUCUGUCCGAUCCGGCCUCGACGACCUCGAUACGUCCCUCGCAAAGCUCCGAUCUAAAAUACGCGACCCGUACCAGGCGCUCCAGGCGAACGUGACCCGCCUUCAGCGCCUACAGCAGGUCUCCGACGCCCUCCGCCGCACCUCGCGCUUCGUCAUGCUCGCGAAGAGGCUGCAGGCCCAGAUGGCCGACCUCGGCGACGGACUCGAGACCGCCCCCGAGCGGGGCACGGCCUCGGAGACGAAGACGGGUCGACCCUCCCUCGACGGCGGCCGACGCAGCGCUACUCCCGCACUCGACCUCGAAGGUGAAAAAGAGCGCACGCUAGCACAGGCCGCGCUCAGCGUCACCGAGCUCUCCGAUCUCCUAGAGGGCUCGCAGAGUGGUGCGACAUCAGACGCGUCGAAUGACCCUCCCGCACAAGACCUCCCUCCGCACAGCAGACGCAUAUCCUUGCGUGAGGUGCGCCCAGUCGCAGCCCACAUCCCCUUCAUCGACUCCUCGCGCGCCAGGGUCACCGCCGACAUGGAAUCCAUGGUCCUCACCGGCCUCACCGAAAUCAACCAAUCUCUGCUCGCGUCGUCCCUCCAGACCGCACACAACCUCCGCGUGCUCCCACAGCUCGUGCAGAACCUCGUUUCCGAUCUGACAGACGCCGUCGAGAGCCGCAUCCGGUCCGCGUUCGACGUGUCGCGCAUCUCCAAGGAGCUCAUAUCCAAAGAAUCGGCACCGUCUUCCCUCGCAUACAAGUCGCGCGUGCGCAUGGAGCCGACGAACCUCACGGCCCCGCAGUGGACCAACGCACUAUGGGCCCGGCUGACCUCAUUGAUUGAAGACCUCACCAGCGCUUGCAUCAAGGUCUACACUCUGGAGAAAGUGUUGAAGCGCAAAAAGGACCCUGUAUCCCAGGCCAUGUUCCUCGACGAGGCGAUGAAGCUCCUCGAAGACAAGCCUAGCUCGACGUUCUGGGGAUCCCUGGGCCAGACGCUCGAGAAGCAGUGCCGCGACGGCGCGAAAACGUCGACGUUUUUGCAACAGACGCUCAGCACGGGUUACCCCCGCCUGCUGCGCCUCUUUCACGACUUCUUCUCCAGCAUCGCGGUGCACACCGACACGGUCUAUACCUCGACCUAUCAGAGCCCCGAAACCAUCCUCGUCCUCCACGCCCUCGGCACCUUCGAAUCCCUCUACCUCUCCCGCGCCUCCGCACGCCUCACCGAGUCCGUCGGGCACGCCUUCCACGGCGGCGCACGCACGCCCCCAACCGCGGCCGACGGCGUCGCCUUCGCGCGCGCGCUCGCGAACGAGCUCGACGCGGCCAAGUUCGACCCGCUGCUCGUGCGCGCGCUCGCGCAGCAGCACGUGCGCGGCGCGCUCGAGAUGGCGCUCGCGCGCGCGGACGCGAUGGUCGUGCGCGACCGCUCGGCGACCGCGCUCGCGGGCCCGGCGGCGACGGCGGCGCAGAUCGGGAACGCGGCGGCGGCGACGUUCCUGUACCACGUCUGGGUGCGCGUGGAAAAGCUGGAGGAGGAGUACCCGGAGGCGGUGUACGAGGUCCUGCGGCCGGCGGUCAAGGACUUGGGGGACGCGUUUGGGCGGAUCGUGGAGCCGCUGUUGGGCGUGGUGCGACGCGAGCUGAGCGCGAUCAUCGCGAAGCUGCACAAGAUCGACUUUGCGGCGGACGUGGACCCGAUGUCGGGCGGGAUGGGCGGGGCGAGCGCGUACGUGAAGGAGCUCGCGGAGAAGCUGACGUUCGUCAAGGCCGAGAUCCUCGCCCGCUUCAACGUCGGCCCCGCCGGCCGCGACUGGGUGAUCGCGAUAGUGACGCACGUGAUCAAGACGUUCGUGCUGCACGUCUCGAUCGCGAAGCCGCUCAACGAGAGCGGGAAGCUGCAGCUCACGAGCGACAUGACCGAGCUCGAGUUCGCGCUGAGCGCGUUCAUGCUCGAGAGCCCGCAGAGCAAGCGCGGCGGCAGCCUCGACGUCAUCGGCGAGGACUACCGCGCGCUGCGCGCCAUGCGGCCUCUCCUGUUCCUAGACAACGCGUCGCUCGCCUCGCGCGCACACACGGCAGGCCUCCCGCCGCUCAUCGUGCUGCACCACAUCCUCGUGCGCUCGCCGAUCGCGCUCCCGCACCGGCUGCACGGGUGGCAGGAGGCGGAGUACGUGCGCUGGGUCGAGGAGCACAGCGCGGAGGAGGCGCUCACGCUCGUCGACGGCGGGCUCGCGCACUGGGAGCGCAUGGCGGAGAGCGAGGGCGCCGCGGAGGCCGCGGAGGCGGGGGCGGGGGCGGAGUACGUGCUGCUGGCGAGGCGCGUGUUGGACGAGGCGGGCGGGAGGCGAUGAGUGUGUUUUGAGUUUUUUGUGGUUUGCUCAUGGUCGAUGACUGGAAGAUUCAGGCGCGCUUCGACAAAGUCGAGCCGGACGCAAGUCCAAGUAUUUAUUGCGCAUCAGAGGAUUAUCUACGUGCGAUGAGUAUGAAGGGAAACGUGUUUAGAUGUCGAUGCAAUCCGAGCGUUGAACAUCGUCAGAGCCUCUUCAUCCUCGUCCCUGAUAAGUGCAACGACAUCAUAUGAAUAUCCACUCUGGAGGUUUAGCUCCGCGUAUCUGUUACGAAAAAUGGUAUCGUGAAUUCCAUUCGCCAAUCCCUCCAGCGCAUCCGCAAAGCGAGUGUAUAUUUGUGACCAGAAGCGAGGUGGCCCAUGGAUUGGAUCGUGAAUCGCGAUGUUGCAAUUACUGACGCUUAGCUUCCGGAGCGUGUGCCUUUGGCCCACGAUGAAUUCCUCGACGUGGGUCUCCUCAUUGAACAAGAACCCAUUCAGCGACACACGCCUAAGCGCUGGGAAGUACAACUGCGAAAAAUCGAUCGUGGUGACAAUGCCAACAUCUAUGUCACUGUGAAGUAUGAGCUGCGUGAGAGAUUGCGGGUGAGAUGCGAGGGUGUUGAAGACUUGACGCUGGAUAGCGUGCUGCCAGAACUUGACAAAAGAGUCUCGAAAACGACGUUGUGGCGAGCGUCCAUGAUGAGUCAUGAUACACAGAGACUCCAGCGAAAUGAAGAGAUUCCGGAAGGAAGGGAGGUCAAACAUCGGGUCAUGGAACGGAGCCAUAUUCACAAUGUGGAGUUUUUUGAGACGAGGCAAGGGUGGUUGUCUUAAUAUUGUGGAAAGAAUGGUCCGUUGUACUUGCGACUGCGUAUCGGGACCAUCGUGCGCAUUGCACCCGUAGAAUGCCAACUUCAAGCUCUCCAGGGCCGUAAGACGGUGAAGACAGUAAAACGCUAUCGCCAAAUACUUGAGUCUGUAUAACUGGCUCCAAUUGUCUACGUUGAUCGCCAAAAAAAAGAAUGAUUUGACGCAUUCUGCUAACGGUGUGCGUCGCACUACUCUCCAGAUCGCGAUAGCAUCCUUGGCGGUACCUGUAGUGUGGAGACAUGCAAACACGCGUGGCGUGGCCAGUGCACAGAAUGUCUUGUUCACUGCUCGGAUACGAAGCAGGUCACUGCGAUGAAAUAGCGAUAGCUCGUCGACAAUGAUUUCGAGAAGUUCAUAAGGCAAGGAAUCCAUAAAUUCGCCUGGCGAUAGUUAUUCUGUAAGUGGAUGGCUUGGAUCGUU